ACAAAAAUGUAACAUUUCUGUAGAUUUUUCGCUUUAGUUUCUUUUCAAAAAAUAUAUACAUUUUAAUUUACCUUUGAAUUUCAUGUUUGAUUUUUUUUCUUGAAUAUUCUAUUCUAUUGCAGUAACGUUAAUGCGAACAGGGACUGAAGUAUGGUAAGGAGUAAUUUUCUCGAUUAUUUUUACGGAACCCCCUUUUUUAACCCCCUCGCCCUAACAGUCCCUCUAUUUUGGUGCUUCCUCGCGCUGCCAAGCCCCUGACGUAAUGCUCCACUGUUAAUGAUUAGCAUGUGGAAACGAGCAGCCGGAGACACUGUGCGGCAGUGGGUAGGAUCUCAUACAGAAAUCGUCUGGUUGCACUUUCAAAAUAGAAGCAUGGCAAACCAUUAACGCCAACAGUACCAAAUAAUUGGUGACUAAAAAUCUACUUUAUAGGUGCUCCAGAUACCACAACUGCGACUACCGCUCAUGCUGUUUCUACUCGUACUGCCACCGUCAAUUUAUUGUAUGUACAGUAUAUCUAUAUGAAUAUUGCUGCUACUACUACCCCUUAUGUUUUUAUGCUGUCUACUUCAAAAAUAUUUUCUACUCCUACGACUGUUGCUUUGACUUUCUACACAUCUAAUUUUACAAAUAUUUCUAUUACCAUGAGGACCUCUACGAAUAAGGCAGAAUUUAUUUUUUUAUGCCUGAUUGCAAAAAAGGUUGAUUUGUGAAGAAAUUACCAUAACGUUGCACAUUUACUAUUGGUUUUAACUUUAUUUAUACGAGCAUUCAGUGUCAUAUAUAACGUUUUCAUUUAGUCGUUUGGCCGACGUUUGCAAUCUGGUUAAGAGAUUAAUAAUGUGAAACCGUUUUGAGAGAAUCUUUUUCGUUCAUUUAAAUAGUGAUGGGCUGGGUAGCCGAGGAAGUCCAGGUGUUAUUUUGAAAAUCCCAAACGGAGGUGUUUCGGCGUCUUGCUUGUCCUUUGACUUAGUCGUUUAGAUUGGAGCGCCGUCUGCUGUGGAGGGAGACAGUCAGACAGACGGAGUAAAAGUUGGUCAAGAUGGCAAAUCCCUCAGUUAAGGGGAACCGCUCCCCUACUCAUAAAAGAAGUUGAGCCUGUCGCCCGUACCUAUACUGACACGAAGCCGACCACUCGAACUGCGCCAACAGGCCUGACAGGGAUUCCCUGAAGAAAAAUGCCAGUGAGACUGAAGCUGAUGUGUCACAGCGUGUGCUGGAAGAAAGCUGACUCAUCAAAUAUCAAUCCCUCUGACUAAGCAUCUGAGAGCAGCUUGUAUCUUCUGUCUUGCUAGAAGAGCACAUUACCAACACCACCCUCCAUCACUGUCACCACCACUGAGGAAAGUAUCAAAAAGAGGAAAACAGGCAGAAACUCCUCCAGGAGGAAUUUGACAAAGACUGACUGUGGGCAAGCCAAAUUUUGACAGUUAACACCCUUGCAGAGGCUCCUGUAAUGAAGUCUCAGCCUAUGUUGACAAGCUUAGAAUAGCAGUAAAGAACUUCAGCUAAGUUUUACAGUCCACACCUUCAAUGAAAUCGACAAUCCAGUGAAAAGAAUCCCUCCUUUCUGUGUACGAGUUGGUUGCUAUCUGUUUUCCAGCUAAGUACCACCAAAGUCAGUCUGCCUAUUCCCCACUUCUCAGACCAUGAUGUUUCGUGAUCAAGUUGGUGUCCUAGCCAGCUGGUUUAAGGGGUGGAAUGAGUGCGAGCAGACAGUGGCUCUGCUGUCCCUGCUGAAGAGGGUUAGUCGGACCCAAGCCCGCUUCCUGCAGCUUUGUCUGGAGCACUCCCUUGCUGAAUGCACUGAACUGCAGGUCCUGGAGGGAGAGGCAAACAGUCCAGGGGUCAUCAGCCAGUGGCAAAAUGAGCCCAAGGACCGUGUCAUCUCCCUUGUCCUUACACACCUCCCACUGCUCAAACCUGGCAAUGUUGAAGCUAAGGGCGAGUAUAUGCGCCUGCUGCCUCGCAUUCUGGCCCACACCAUUGAACAUGGACACCACCUUGAGGAAUCUCGGCAGCUCCUGUCUUAUGCUCUUAUCCAUCCAGCUACUUCCUUGGAAGACCGCUCUGCUCUGGCGCUCUGGCUCAACCACUUGGAAGAAAGAGCUGCUGCACGCGGAGACUCACUAGAAAGGCCUCCUCCUGCAGGGCCCCACCAUCAUCAUCAUCACCAAUCUACACCGCCAUCCACACUUAACACAUCUGGAUCCUCCUCCUCAUCCACAAACACCCCUUCUUCAAACCUCUACUCCUUGCACCACCACCAGCGAUAUGGGUCAGACGAUCGUCUCAAUGGAUGGCAAAGUUCCAGGGACACGGGGUUAGGUGGCGGGUGGCAUCAGCAGCAGGGCUGUGAGAAUGGGCACCUACUUCUCUACCCCUCAUCCUCUGUGCCAGCAACCAUAAACACAGUUGGAACUGGAGGAACUAGUAACACUGUCCUAACAGGUGGAGGGGGCAGCCAGCAGCACAGUCCCCUGAAGCGCUCUGUGUCCCUAACACCUCCCAUGAGUGGUCCCAGCAACCAGCCCCUCUGCCAUGUCUGGCUCUCACAGGAGGACCUGAGGCCUGCUAGGGGCCCUGCCCCAGACCAUGCACCUCUGUCUCCUCAGAGCAGCAUCGCUUCAUCCGGCAGUGGAGGCAGUGAGCAUCUGGAAGACGCUGGCUUAGGAGGAGGCUCAAGUCUUCAUCGCAUCUCCUUCCAUGAGGAGGGCAGUGGCAUGAGGGAUGUCCCAACAUGGCUGAAGAGUCUCCGCCUUCACAAAUAUGCUGCUCUCUUUUCCACUAUGACCUAUGACGAGAUGAUGUCACUGACUGAGGAGCAGCUUGAAGCACAGAAAGUCACUAAAGGAGCAAGACACAAGAUUGUUAUCAGCAUUCAGAAACUCAAAGAAAGGCAGCACCUACUGCGCAGCCUGGAAAAGGAUGUGUUGGAAGGCAGUAAUCUGCGUGGUCCACUGCAGGAGCUACAUCAGAUGAUCAUUACUCCAAUUAAAGCUUUUGUUGGUGGUGAGGAAGGCUCCCUUCAUCGCUCCCUGCUUGGCCCCGAUGUCAAAAGCAGUGCGCCUGGCUCCCACCUGAGCAGUGGUGGUAGUGGGGAGGCUGAGUCAGGCACAAGCGUAAUUGCUGAAGGGGAUCUCCCUGGCCAGUUUACUCGUGUUAUGGGCAAAGUUUGCACUCAGCUGUUGGUGUCUAGGUCAGAUGAGGAUAACAUCAGUUCUUACCUUCAACUCAUCGACAAGUGCCUUAUUCAUGAGUCUUUCACUGAAACACAGAAAAAGCGGCUCAUGUCAUGGAAACAACAGGUUCAGAGGCUGUUCCGGUCCAUUCCAAGAAAAACCCUUCUUGACAUAGCAGGGUACCGAACCCAGAGGAGUCGUUUUGGCCAGUCCAAUUCUCUCCCCACAACUGGUUGUGUUGGGAGUGGUGUUUCCGCCAGAAGGAGCCUUCGCCAAUUCCAGAUGCCCUCAAGAAGUUUGCCAGGUGCUCGGCUUGGUCUGUUAGGAAGUGGAGGGUUAUUGGGAUCCACACCACGCAGCUCCAGCAGCACUCCUACUGGUCCUAAACAAGGGAGACAGGGUUUGUGGUUUGCCAACCCUGGAGGAAGUAACAGCAUGCCCAGUCGGAGCCACAGCUCAGUGCAAAGGACUCGCUCCCUGCCGGUUCACACCACACCACAAACUAUGGUCAUGUUCCAGCAAGCUGAUCUUCAGUUACCAGUGACAGAGCCGGACAUCAACAAUCGCCUCGAGUCUCUGUGCCUGAGUAUGACAGAGCACGCUUUGGGAGACGGAGCUGACCGCACAUCAACAAUAUGAAAGGAAGAGUCUAACAAAAGUGAUAGGUGGCAGCAAGCAGGUUCACCAGGCUCUCUCACGAUAAGGCAUCAUGAGGUCGGAAGACGUCCAGUCUCACUAUAUCCAAUGGUAGAGCUCAACCAAAUAACCGACAGGUUGCCAAGAAACCACAAGUAUGCUGAUCUUCAAACAGCAACACAAGCUAUUACACUGGCACUGUCUACUGGUUUGGAAAACCAAACUUUCUGCUGCACCAGCAGGAUCACAUUCACCUACAUCUGGGUAAGGAGACAGAAACAACUGUCAACAAAACAGUCCUGGACUGUGUGGGUGCACAACGGCCUCUGGAUGUUCCAAAAGCUCUGCAGUCCAGUCAGCUAAAACAGGAGGAGGAUGCUGACCCUGUGUCAGGGCUACACCAAUGGUUUUCUUCUCACCAACAGCUUUUGGUCUCUGCACAUUAAUCACAGCUCAAAGCAUCUUUAAAAUCCAUUACUAUACCACAGACCCGGAAAAGAAAGAAGACAAGCAGAGCUAAAAAAGGACACAAGAGGAAGUUUGGGAUUUCCUGGAUGGUUUCCAGAAAGGACAGACUAUCCGGACUGCUUUCAGAGGUUAGAAAGGCCUCUAUUACAGUAUUGGGUAGCUACAGAAACAAAUUUGUUGUUUGUACGAAUUGUUUACAUAAAGAGGCUACUUUUAAAGGGUACAGAGGAGUAUGAAUUUCAGGUAUGAAUUGUAAUAUUCUGUCAACCAUCUUUUUAUCUCACAAGUAGCUUUCACGAUAGUUUACAAACAUCCUGCUUAUGCUCUUGGGACAAAAACAAAGACAAAUUUGAUGCAACACGAACAGAAAACAACAGGAGAGGAGAGUGAUGAAUAAAAAGGAAAAAAGAAGUUGAUGAGGAAGAAGAGCUGGAAGAGUAGGAGGUGGUGAAAGAAAAAGAAUGUAGUGCAAGAAGGAAUCACGUCAUGGUGAUGCUGGACAGGAAGGAGGAUGUUGGAAGGAUAAAGACUUCAGAGGCAGGACCUUUGAUUGGCUAGGAGAUGGAAGAUUAUAAUGUCUAACUUCAUUGUUGGUCUGUAAAAUAGAGCAGAUGUAAAAGAGAGGACAAGGGAAGUGUGUCGUCGGUCACCUAUGUAUUGUUUUAUCUCCAGCAUGUACUGUAUGAACCCUCUGAAAUCAUAUUUCUUUGUACACCUCAAUGAGCUGUUUUUGAUAUGCUGGUUGUAUUUUUAUUGGGAUUGAGUUUAGAAAGAGGGUUUACUUAUUUUUCUAAUGCAGGCUAAUGUGCUUAAGCUGCACGUUACACAGCUCUAUGUCUCUGUCAGUGAAAAGAACGAUUGUAAAUCAGGAAAAAAAAACACAGAAGGGUGAUUUGUUCUGGUGUUGCUGAUAGGUUGUAUCACUGAAAAAAGACAAAAGUAUCAGUCCAUGAAGGGUGGUUUUCCCAGAGAUUGUAUCAUUAGAGCUUACUUCCCCCUGCUGGCCAAACACAUUAAUGGCAGAAGAUCGCCAGAAGACCACGGACACAGGAACAUUUAAUGAGGAAUAGAGUACUGGGUUUAGUCGUCCUCAAAAAAAUAGCCUGUGUUCCAUAGUUUUCUCUCUAUCCUGUCAGUUGAGGCCUCCAUACAUUAUAAUUUUGUUUUUAAUCCUGUAUCAAAUGCCUAUUCUGUGUCUUAAUAUAUAUCAUCAGUUUAUUAUGUAUGUAAAACAGAAUGUAAACAAAUCAGCUUAUAUUGAAAUAAGCUAGAGAGGAAACUCCUGUCUGUGACUCUCACCUUAGCACGUGUGCUAAGGGUCCUGAUCCUAGAUGGUCAUUAUUGAGGGGUUUAGUAUUGUUUUUGUUGUUGUUGUUGUUUAGUUUCCUGCACUUGUUAAGACAAUGUGAUACACUAAAAAUCCAAAGGUUCAAGGCUCAGAUACCACGGUCUGGUGCCUUGGAGUUGGACUAAAUGAAGCAGAUCGGAGACUGACACUGAGCCUCCAAGCUCAGCAGACAGAAAAGACAAAUGUCAAGCAGCAGAACCACCAACAGGGGACAAUGUUUAAUCUUACAGCAGAGACGAAACACUCCUGAUGACUCCCAUUAGCCUCACUGUCCUGUUGUUUUGUCAGAUGGUUCUGGACCCACAGCUAAAUUAAAUUGUUUUAGCUAAAACGGACAUGGCAUUUUUGUAAUCAUAUGGUUUAUGUGAUUGCUUUUGACACAAAAGACCAGAUUCAGUUCAUAUGGUAGCACAUUACAAAUGUUAUUUUUUUACGACUUGCAAGAUGAAUUCUACACUACAGGGUCAUUUUACUUAAGACACAGACAAGAGGGGUGAUUUUAUCAUCCUUAAUAAUAAUAAUGCUGGUUUAUUAUUUACUAUUGGUUAUCUGACACUAAGCAACUAACUGUUGCAAUCGUACAGUGUUUAUUAGCAUAAAAAAUCAUUUUCAGAAGUAAAUCUGUGGUUUCCUUAACAUGCAGGAAGUCUUCUCAUAUGCCUUGAUGGAGUCAAAACAAAUCAUGCCUGACUGAUGAAAUGGCUUGAAGGGGCAGUGGGGAUCUGUGUGCGCACACACACAGGCGCACACAUAGGCUGAACUGUGUGUUUUAGUGUAAUUUAUGCCUCUGCCUUUCACAUACAAUGGUGAUAACAUGAUGUUCCACCUCUAAGGUUGUGUCUGGUUUUGCUGCUCCUGUCUGAGAGGCAGUACAACGAUCUCAACAUCUUUGGACUCUAUGCCAUAUGAAUCAGUACUUAAAGUAGUUACAAUUAUUUAUUCUUUUUAUUCAUCUGUUCAUUUUUGUGUGUUUAUUCAGAGGCGCUACUUCUAAUCAUUUAGGUGUAAUGUUAUUUAAAGUACCAUAUGUAUUAACAUGUUAUGGCUGGUGACCAUACGUACAUCUCAAAUAUUAACAUAGUUAUUGUUGAUUUUGAUAAUUUUGGGGUUUUUUUCCUGUUGCUGAACUAUUGUGUCGUUUUAUUUUAUUUUUUUUAUCAGUGUCAAUUUCAGAAUGUUGAUGUACAUUUUUGGGGGGUCAGAAUCAGCUGAAAGCAAGAGUUUGUCAUCUGAAAUACAUCCAUUUACUUCCAGUUUGAAAAGUCACAUCAGACAAGCCAUUGGUAACAACGCAGUGUUGUAAUGGUGGUGUUUUUGUCAGCCAGGAUCUAGACAGUGGUGCUGCUUGUAACACAUCCCAGCCUUACAGAGGCUUUAAGUGUGAUACUUACAGUUGUAGGACCAGCUUUAGCUUUGGUCUUUUUGGUCUCAAUUGUGAACAAAAUCCACCAAAGACUUUGUCUUUGUCAUAUACAAUGGCCAAUAAUAAUCACAGUGGACUCUAAAAAUAUUCUGAAAAAUAAUUAUUUAUUAUUUUACUCCAGUGUGGUUAUUUUAAGUAAGGCUUGUCUUUGUUUUUGUUGUUGUUGUUUUUUUAAUAGUCAAAUUAAGUGAAUGUCUUUGGUAAUUUUGAAACAACAGUGUGAGUGAGACGUGCUGCAUCAAACACAUCAAUGUUCAGACAGAAGUUGGUUUGGCUUUGGUUCAGCUCUUGCAUGGAUUUUGGUAAGAGAACAGGGCAGAAUACUUCAGCAGAUGUUUUCACAUGACUCCUGAAAAUGAUUACGGCUGCAGAGUAUUUAACACAAUCCAAGGGAUUAUUCUGGCAGUACUGUUUCUCAUUUCACCUGUGUAACUUUGUGUAACCAGUGACAGUGUUCAAAUGGCUGAUGAUGUGACUUUUUCUUGUCUGGAUGGAGUAACUGAGCAGAGUGACAUGUUUCACAUUUAAUGUUCAAACUGGCUCCAGUUUCUUCUCUCCUCUGGUUUCCUGCAGUGUUCCAACUUCUGAAUGUGGAGCCUGUCACAGGACAAAUGUGGGUUUCAUCCGUGAGACCUGAAAUACUAAAUGUCGCCUCAAAGCCAAAUGCUUUUUCGUUUGUUUUAUUUUCUCUGAUUGCAUAUCAACUCUGUGCCUGUCGAGGAAAGCUUCUAACGCUAUGCACACUGCAGUAUUAAAGUUAGAUACACCUUGAUAUUCCAAAAAAAACCCAACUGUUUAAUGUACUUUGAGUCAAGACAUAUAUGCUGUUUUGUAUCUUUUUUUGUCAUAGAUGUUUGCAGUUAUUGUUUCAAUAUGGGAUGCCAGGAGUAAUUUGUUUUUGUUUUUUUCUUAUUUUUUUAAAAGGUGUUACCGCUUGACUGUGCUCAUUUUUUUUCAUUUAGUUUUAUUUUAUCAAAGAGCCGAUGUCCUGUAUUGACUGCAGGCUUACGUAUAUAUUUGACAAAAGAAAAUGGUAUGUUUAAUAAUAAAAAAGCACAAAAAAGACAAAAAAUGGAAGAAAAUGUUGAAAAAGAAAAGGAGGGAUUUUGGGAAAAAACUGUAAUUUAUAUUUUAAAACUGCAUGCACAGGGCUGAGAAAGUCAUAUUUAGAAUAACAAAUGGCAGUGCCUUUUUUUGUACUCGAGACAUUUAUCCUAAAUGUUAAUGGUUUUUUAUUGACUUUAAAAAAAACUGUACUGUUAGGGAAUGGAAAUAGUGAGGAGCAGGAUGGGUCACAUUCACACUUCACCUCAAAAGGUUGCCUUCCAUGCUUUGCCUUCACCCACCCCAUUGUAUCAUAUUAUAAAUCUGAUGGAAACGUUUUUUCAUCAUGAGAUCACUGAGCCUUAAUCCAUUCAACCCAAUCUGCUGGUUUCAUCUGUGUCAGACCACCCUAAUAAAAACUGCAACUUCAGAUUUUUCUUACAGAACCUCUCAAUACUUUUAUCACCAUGUUAUCACUACAGUACUUGAAACAAUGCCUUAACAAUUUUGACCAUCUGUUCACCUGUAAUUUCUGAAGCAGAUGCAGAAAGUCACAUGGUAGCCUGGCAUCUUGUUACAUAAAUACGCAUUUAGUUUGAAACAUUUAAAAAAUAGACAUGCCUCAGUAUUUAAGAUUCGGAGAAUAUUUAUUUUACUGUGCAUGUUGAAAAACCAUUCUUAAACUAUCGCAUAACAAAGGCUCAGAACAAAUUUGAAUCUGCAUUGAAGGCAGAAGCUGAGGGUGUGAACGUGACCUGGACUGUGAUUCAGACUGCCUGUGUUUCUGGUCUCUGUAGGUACUUUCCUAGUGCUGAUAUGAAGUUAUGAUUUAUUCUGUACAAACACAAUGGGAGUGAGUGUGUGACAGUGAGAACGGUGGAUGUAUGUGUGUGGGUGUUUGUAGGUGUAUGUGAGAUACUUGUGUGUUCAAGAGUUUGUUUUUUUUCACUGUGUCUUGUUAUUUCCUUUUUUUUUCUUUUUUCUUUUUUUUUUUUUUUUUGCAACAAACCAGAAUGCUGUGAUUUGGCAUGCCCUUCCUAUACAUAAAACGUCGUUAUUGCGUG